AUGCAGAGGCUGGAGCAAUCAAGCAAUCAGAGACAGGGAGGGGAGCGUGGCGAUGGGAAUUGCAUCUUUAAUGAGCUUCCUUGUCCUGGUCUGACCCACUGUGUCAGAGAUUGUAACAUCCCUGGCCUGGCCCACUGUGUCAGAGAGUGUAACAUCCCUGGCCUGGCCUACUGUGUCAGAGAGUGUAACAUCCCUGGCCUGGUCCACUGUGUCAGAGAGUGUAACAUCCCUGGCCUGGUCCACUGCGUCAGAGAGUGUAACACCCCUGGCCUGGUCCACUGUGUCAGAGAUUGUAACAUCCCUGGCCUGGCCCACUGUGUCAGAGAGUGUAACAUCCCUGGCCUGGCCUACUGUGUCAGAGAGUGUAACAUCCCUGGCCUGGUCCACUGUGUCAGAGAGUGUAACAUCCCUGGCCUGGUCCACUGUGUCAGAGAGUGUAACAUCCCUGGCCUGGUCCACUGUGUCAGAGAGUGUAACAUCCCUGGCCUGGCCCACUGUGUCAGAGAGUGUAACAUCCCUGGCCUGGUCCACUGUGUCAGAGAGUGUAACAUCCCUGGCCUGGCCCACUGUGUCAGAGAGUGUAACAUCCCUGGCCUGGUCCACUGUGUCAGAGAUUGUAACAUCCCUGACCUGGUCCACUGUGUCAGAGAGUGUAACAUCCCUGGCCUGGUCCACUGUGUCAGAGAGUGUAACAUCCCUGGCCUGAUCCACUGUGUCAGAGAUUGUAACAUCCCUGACCUGGUCCACUGUGUCAGAGAGUGUAACAUCCCUGGCCUGGUCCACUGCGUCAGAGAGUGUAACACCCCUGGCCUGGUCCACUGUGUCAGAGAGUGUAACAUCCCUGGCCUGGUCCACUGUGUCAGAGAGUGUAACAUCCCUGGCCUGGUCCACUGUGUCAGAGAGUGUAACAUCCUUGGCCUGAUCCACUGUGUCAGAGAGUGUAACAUCCCUGACCUGGUCCACUGUGUCAGAGAGUGUAACAUCCUUGGCCUGAUCCACUGUGUCAGAGAGUGUAACAUCCCUGACCUGGUCCACUGUGUCAGAGAGUGUAACAUCCCUGGCCUGGUCCACUGUGUCAGAGAGUGUAACAUCCCUGGCCUGGCCCACUGUGUCAGAGAGUGUAACAUCCCUGGCCUGGUCCACUGUGUCAGAGAUUGUAACAUCCCUGACCUGGUCCACUGUGUCAGAGAGUGUAACAUCCCUGGCCUGGUCCACUGUGUCAGAGAGUGUAACAUCCCUGGCCUGAUCCACUGUGUCAGAGAUUGUAACAUCCCUGACCUGGUCCACUGUGUCAGAGAGUGUAACAUCCCUGGCCUGGUCCACUGCGUCAGAGAGUGUAACACCCCUGGCCUGGUCCACUGUGUCAGAGAGUGUAACAUCCCUGGUCUGGUCCACUGUGUCAGAGAGUGUAACACCCCUGGCCUGGUCCACUGUGUCAGAGAGUGUAACACCCCUGACCUGGUCCACUGUGUCAGAGAGUGUAACAUCCCUGACCUGGUCCACUGUGUCAGAGAGUGUAACAUCCCUGGCCUGGUCCACUGUGUCAGAGAGUGUAACACCCCUGGCCUGGUCCACUGUGUCAGAGAGUGUAACAUCCCUGGCCUGGUCCACUGUGUCAGAGAGUGUAACAUCCCUGGCCUGACCCACUGUGUCAGAGUGUGUAACAUCCCUGGCCUGACCCACAGUGUCAGAGAGUGUAACAUCCCUGGCCUGACCCACUGUGUCAGAGUGUGUAACAUCCCUGGCCUGACCCACAGUGUCAGAGAGUGUAACAUCCCUGGCCUGGUCCACUGUGUCAGAGUGUGUAACAUCCCUGGCCUGACCCACAGUGUCAGAGAGUGUAACAUCCCUGGCCUGACCCACUGUGUCAGAGUGUGUAACAUCCCUGGCCUGACCCACAGUGUCAGAGAGUGUAACAUCCCUGGCCUGGUCCACUGUGUCAGAGUGUGUAACAUCCCUGGCCUGGUCCACUGUGUCAGAGUGUGUAACAUCCCUGGCCUGACCCACAGUGUCAGAGAGUGUAACAUCCCUGGCCUGACCCACUGUGUCAGAGUGUGUAACAUCCCUGGCCUGACCCACAGUGUCAGAGAGUGUAACAUCCCUGGCCUGACCCACAGUGUCAGAGAGUGUAACAUCCCUGGCCUGACCCACAGUGUCAGAGAGUUGUGUAACAUCCCUGGCCUGGUCCACUGCGUCAGAGAGUGUAACACCCCUGGCCUGGUCCACUGUGUCAGAGAUUGUAACAUCCCUGGCCUGGCCCACUGUGUCAGAGAGUGUAACAUCCCUGGCCUGGCCUACUGUGUCAGAGAGUGUAACAUCCCUGGCCUGACCCACAGUGUCAGAGAGUGUAACAUCCCUGACCUGACCCACUGUGUCAGAGUGUGUAACAUCCCUGGCCUGACCCACAGUGUCAGAGAGUGUAACAUCCCUGGCCUGGUCCACUGUGUCAGAGAGUGUAACAUCCCUGGCCUGACCCACAGUGUCAGAGAGUGUAACAUCCCUGACCUGACCCACUGGGCCUGGCAACAAAUAACCCUCUGCUUCUUCUUUCUGUCAUGGAGUCCAUCUAUCUAUAGCACCAGCUUACAAAACAUAUUUGUGUUUGUCAUGUUUUGA